AUGAAGAAAAGGAGAAGGCGUAUGAAUACUUAUUGUAUAUGGGUUUCUGUACUAGCCGUGGUUGUUGUCCUUUAUUUAUCGACUUUUACUGAAGUAUCGUAUCAUUUGCGCAUAUACAAAAGAAACAUUAAUUUGUUCGAGCAAAAUGCGGCGUUAACAAAUGGCAAGAAAAGUGGAAAUGGAGAUGAAUAUCGCUCGCAACACUGCCAAGUGUUACAUUUGGCAUUGGUGGUAUGUGGCGGCGUUCGGUUGAACUAUCCUUUAUCGACAUUUAUUAAAAGUAUCCUCCGUUAUCGCCAACAGGCCCUCGUUUUGCAUUUCCUUGUGGAUGAUAUAACUAUAAGAAUUAUAUCAUUGCUAUUCAGUACAUGGCGAUUGCCAGCUGUAAAAGUGGUGUUUUAUAACGCUUCACAAUAUUUGGAUCGCAUCUCGUGGAUUCCGAAUCGACAUUAUUCAGGCAGAUACAGCUUUCUGAAGCUUAUUUUAAACGAUAUUUUGCCUGUUGAUAUUGAUAAGGUAAUCGUACUUGAUACAGAUGCAUUGAUAAUGGACGACAUUGCCCAGCUAUGGUCAUUUUUUUUCAAGAUGACGAAUUUACAAGCUAUUGGCUUAGUUGAAAAUUUAUCUGAUUGGUACUUAUUUAAUACAAAUACAUCCCAAAGAAUUAUUUGGCCAGCAUGGGGACGUGGAUUUAAUAGUGGAGUGAUGUUGCUCGAUUUAGCAAAGCUAAGGAACAUAAGCUGGUCACAAAUUUGGGAAGAAACUGCUUCAAAAAAUAUUGAAAAAUAUGGUUCAACUGAAUUAGGAGAUCAGGAUAUAAUUAAUGCAGUUAUCAACGAUCAUCAGUGGAUUAUACAAGAACUUCCUUGUGAGUGGAACUUCCAGUUGGGAUUCCAGUCACAACAGGACUUAUGCCCUGUGGAAAUUCCUCAUUUGAAGUUGGCUCACUGGAAUUCACCUCUUAAAACGCGAACAAUUAAUCGUUAUGCAAUAUUUUUACGUCGAUAUUACGACGAUGUGAGGGAUAUGAAUGGCAAUAUAUUUCGAUCUAGCAUAAUCCGUUGUUAUUCUGGUUCUGAACAGGCAUAUUCAAAACUCGACAAAGUAUCUGAAUAUGAUGACAACGAUGAUGGAUGCAACGAACUACGACAUGCUCGAUGGAUCACAUAUCGAACGUUAUUGUACGUACGUCCAUACAAUUUCACUGCUACUCCAAAGAAUGUUGUUUUGACAACACAGUUCAGCAUGGAUCGUUUGAUGCAUUUUAAUGCUCUAUUGCAAUAUUGGAUUGGACCUAUAUCGGCUGCUGUUUAUGUUACUGAUUCUGAACUUUCGUUGUUAAUUCAAUUCUUUGAUGAUACUCUUGGUAAUCGAACUAAUAUCGCAUUACAUGCUGUUUAUAAAGAGGGCACAUACUAUCCCAUAAAUUAUCUUCGAAAUGUUGCACUAAAUAACAGCAACGAUGCAUCAUUUGUUUUUUUGGCCGACGUCGAUUUCACACCAGGAUCAGGACUGUACACAAUGUUGUGCAAAAAGUUGGUAAUAACUAACUUAACAAACAAAAGAGCGUUUGUUGUGCCAGCUUUUGAAUAUAUUGGUAGUCAAGUUCCAGUGGUCCCUCUUACAAAGAAUGAAUUAUUAAUAGAGCUAGAUGCGCGACGCAUACAGGUUUUCAGGCGAAAUUUAUGGACUCAGGGUCAUGCGGCUACCGACUACGAUCAUUGGAGACAUGCUGAUCAAGAAUACUCGGUUUCGUGGAGGAAUAAUUAUGAGCCAUAUGUUGUGGUGAAGCGUAAUGGAUUACCACCUUAUGAUCAACGAUUUGUUGGUUUCGGCUGGAAUAAAGUAUCCCAUGUGAUGUCACUCAAUGCUGCCGGUUACGAAUUUACUAUAUUACCGGAUGCCUUCGUUGUCCACCAGCCACAUCUUCCCUCACUCGAAAUGAUGCGCUACCGUUCGCUGCCGACGUAUCGUAAAUGUUUAAAAGCUCUAAAGGGUGAAUUUGUACGUGAUUUAUUUCGUGAACAAAGAAAAAAUCGGAUAUCUAAAUUUCCUGGACAUCCAUCUAAUGAUUGUUCUGUUCUGAGGACCGCAUAA